GGUCGAGAUUGUAUUAAUAAUGAUAUUACAUGUUAAGUACGAAUUAAUAAUAGGCAUUUUGAGCUAAACAGUACUUUCAAGCACGAUGUUAUCGGACGGUGUUCUGCUGGCCAUCUCGCUCGGGGGCCUGGCUGCGACGGUGCUGCUGGUGCUCUUCUUCGCGGGCUUCUUCGCUGGAACUAAAAAAGUAGCUCAUGAAGACCAGGCCGAAGUGGUCCGCGGCGGCGAGAGAGGCGGUCUGGCGGCGCUACGCAAGCGCAAGGACCGCAAGAAGCGUAAUGCCGAGCGAGAGGAGGCUGCUGCUCCCGUAGAGGCUGCCGCUCCGGCUCAAAACGAGGCUGCGGAAGCCGCAGAGGAAGAAGAAGGUCCCGUGGAGCCACGAGCUAUGACGAAAAAGGAGCUGCAGAAGGAGCUCAAGCGACGGGAACGUGAAGAAUUGCGUCAGUUCGACCAGCAGCAACGCGAGGAGCGUCAACGUAUAGCUGAGGAAAAAGAAGCUGCGUACCAGAAGAAACGUGAAGAGGAAGCCAAGAUUGAAGCAGCUCUUGAAGAACAAGAACGGAAAUUGAAGGAAGAGAAGGAACGCAAGGAGAAAGAAGAGUUCGACCAAUGGAAAGAUAUGUUUACUAUCGAAGAGCAAGGCACUAAACUGGCAGAAGAUAGUGAGGAGAGUCAGACACUGCUGCAACAGUUUGUAGACUACGUGAAGUCUCACAAGGUGGUGCUGCUUGAAGAUCUCGCCUCGGAGUUCAACUUGGCUACACAGGAGGCAAUCGAUCGCGUGGAGUCACUACAGGCGUCCAACCGCCUCACAGGGAUCGUGGACGACCGUGGCAAGUUCAUCUACAUCACCGAAGAGGAAAUGGAUAAAGUAGCCAAGUUCAUCCAGCGCCGCGGACGUUUAGGCUUCUCUGAGCUGUCGAAAGAGUGCAAUAAGCUCAUCCGACUAGACGGAGAAGCCGACAAGAACAAUCCGAGCUCGUUAGACUGGCUCAACAGCGACGAACAGCCCCAGGAAGUCGCAGACUUGUCCGUUUGAGUUUGAUACGUUACAGAUUUAGAAGAUCCUAAAUUUGAAAUGUAUUUUCUCGACAAGUGGAAAUCAAUCUGAAACGUAUCAGAUUCUUAAGCGUCGAAGUACCAUUGAGCAGCUUUCCGACGGAAGUUCGUGGUCGGCAUGUGGGUGGAGAACUGUUUGACGCGCUCUUUGUGCUGCUUCUCGGCGAACUGCAUGCGCUUGAGUUCUAGAAACUCGGCCUGCUUUUUCUGGUCUUCUAGAAUUCGUUUUUCUUCCUGUUGACGUAGUAAAUCUGACUGCGUCCGUUUGAGUUCUUCACGACGUUUUUCCUGGUCACGAAGCUCUUUCUGCAGAGCUUCCUCUGAG